CAGCUUCCCGAUAGAGGACACUAGUGACACUACGGAAUAAAAAAAUUGUCAGAUGUUGAAAAUUGUUAAAUCUAGCAGUUUGUUUCUGAACAGCGAUAUGCAGAAUAUAUCAUUUCAAAAAAUUAAUUGUCAGCAUAUUCAAUUAAAGCCAUUUCUUAUCAUUUUUCUACUUAGAACCGUUGGGGGGAACUUCAACUUGUCAAACUUGUCAUUUCUUCAAAUGUUUGUAAAAGUAUAAAGUAGUACUGUUAAACUGUUAUCCAGUGUAUAUGUUUUGUGUGUUAUUCCUUGAUAGUAAUAAUUUAAUAGGUUCAUAGGUUUAUGUUAAUUUCUUCCAAUUAUGAAACAAUUUUAGGCCUACUUAAUAUGGAAACUUGAUGGUAUACAAUUUGAAAGCUUGAUCCAAGACAUCAGUUUUUCGAAAAAAUGGAAUCCAGAAUCAGUACCAAUCGAACCACUUCAGGUUCAGGCAAUUCGUCUAUGGUACUUUCGAAAAACUUGCCAAUGAAGACAAUAAUUGAAGCUAUUAAUGAAUACCUUAAGUCGAGAACAGAUAAUUCCACAAGUCUAAUCAAAAAGUUUUUACAGGCAUAUAGUGUCACAAUAGAUGUAAACAUUUUUGACCCAGACAAAGAAUAUGUUGCUCAAUUUUAUGUUAGUCUAUAUGAGCUGCUAUCAAAGCUUGAGAGUCACUCACAGAUGAUUUGGGAUUGUGUUGAUGUGCUAAGCAAUGCAAUUCGCAAUUGUGCUGCUAGAGAAGCUUUGAUCAACACAUAUCAGUUCGGACCUCUUUUGGCCAGGUUUUUGGGAGAUGAGUUGACAACAAUGAAAAAGAAGACACUGUUGAAACUUAUGCAGGAGCUGACAUGUGGUAUUAAGUUAACAUGGCAAAUACCUAAUUUGCAGUAUUUAAUAACUACAUUAACAAAAUGGAUUGAGGAUAAAGAACAGGAUCAGGAAAUAGUAUGCUUAUCAUUAGGUGUCCUUGUAAAUCUAUGCUAUAAAAACUUACCAGCAAUCUACACAUUUUCAAGAAGUGUAGAUAGUAAAAAGUUUCUUAGGUUCUGUUUGCCAUUAAAGGGUCCACUGGUAGAAGUCUAUGUCUGUAAACUAAUGAUAAUCAUAGACAGCUCACAAAAUGAGAUCCAUAAAAAAACUUUGUUGAAACUGAUAGAACCAACAUUUAUUUCAAUAGUUGAGGCGCUAAACAAAAAUGAUCCUGCCAUGUUGAGAUUAGUAAUAGACUUCUUUAUAGAUGUGAUCAGCAAUGACAAUAUCACAAUAUUCCAGGAGUAUAAAAAUUAUGUUCAGCAAAUUGACAAAUUCCUGAAGAUUAUGAUUGAGAAAACAAGUAGUUCAGAUACAGAAGUUACUCCUCCUAAGGAACAUGAUCCUGGCUGUAUAAUGCUCAUAUUGAAACUUAUUUAUACAAUUAUAACAAAAGAUGUCGCCGAUUUGUCGUCAAUCUACAAAAAGAUCAUUGCAUUAGCUUUGAACUGGAUAAAUCCUGAAGACACCUCCUUCCAAGCAAUGACAUUAAUAACGACAAUAGCCCAAAGUAUUGCAAAUUCAGAUGAAAAUGAACAUCAUAAAAUUCUAAAAUUGCUAUCAGUGAAACUUCCUCAGUUCAUCAUAAUGUUGGAAUCUGAAUCACACCCCAGUAGUAUGGACUCGUGCAAGAGGCUUGGGAUUCUGUUGCAAUUGUUGAGAGUGCUGUUGAAGUCUUCUAUAACAUCCAGUGAAACUCUAGAAGCCCUUGAGGAUGACGUUUUAGAGAAGGUACUCCAGCCGAUCAUAAGCAACGAAUUCGAAUUGAACGGACUGCCAAAAUUGAGGGUAGACGACCACUCGACGAGCUCAACGGAAAUUGUGGAUACCUAUGUCUAUGCUGUGUGUCUCAUCAACGAGGUGUCGCAGCAGAACUCGAAGUGCUUUGAUUUCCUGAAUGGAUUGAUGAGUAACAAAACUCUUCAGUGCAUCUUAGCACAAGCUUUAUGCGGCGGUCCAACUACAGUGAAAAAGCUAGUGUUGGAUUUCGCGAAGUACCACUGGUUCCCUGUCGAGGAAGUCGCCGCAGCCAUGCAUUCAUAUCAGAACAUGUUCUAUGGUCACACUCCUUGCAAAAAUUCGCCAAUCACGAAUUGUAAUGGUGGAACGGGGGUCAUGAGCUAUCCUGGGAUGUCCGUCAUGCAAAUGGAGACAUUGGAUGAUUUACUGAAGAAGUUUAAGGUCUGGAAGAGACACCUAUGGAGACGAGGCGAUUGGUUAUGUGCAGUUAAAAAGAGAACGGGAUCUCUGUAUUGUAAAAGCCAGGAUUACGCCCGAACAUAGAGUUAACAGCAAACCGUAUCAUUGCAGUUUUGAAUGCGACGAAAAGAAGGAAAAAGUAAUCAAGCUAGAAUACAGUGGUUGUGCUACACAAGAGGGUGGCUGUAAAGCAUGGUGUAGCGCUAUUAAUGUGGCUGCACAGAAGAAUCGAAGAACCACGAUGUACUUCUGUGAAGUGCUAAUGGACAAAAUCCAGAUUAUCUACUAUUGGCAGUAAUCUAAAAUUCAUAGAAGCCUCAGAUGAUUACACAUUAAGCCCACACUUGACCGACGCCUAUGCAUCGCCGCGUCGGCGCAAACAAGGAACACAUGGAGCGCCUAGACACCUUAACCUCGCCUUCAUCCUCCGUAGGAGGCGGCGACCUGUGCUCGAUGGUGGGCGUGCCCACUCGCCAACUAAUGGACCUGUAUGAGUACAAAGCGGCGGCAUUGGCUCAAGCGGAAAGGGCGGCGCUGGCAGCUGCCGAGGCCGCUCACGAGCGCGCCGCCCACAUGCAGCACCGGUUGGCGCAGUUCGCCGCCCAGGCGGAUCAGGGGAUGCGAUUGCUGCACAAAGCACAGACGGCACUGGACGCCAGCAGGGCGGACGUCGCUAGGUCGAUGAAGGAGGGGGAGAGGAAACAGGAUAGGAUCGAUUUACUAGAAAAGAAUCUGAAGGAAUUGGAAAAAGAAUUGGAGGCAACCAUGAAGCAAAUGUCAGACCUAAAAACUACAUUAGAAGAACAAAAUGCACAGAAAGAACAGAUAAUAAAGAGGUUGGAAGAGCAUUGUAACAAAAUGGAUAAACAACUUGUGAAAAGGGAAGAACAAAUUAAAAAUGCCAAUAAAAACAUCGAGAACAUCAAUAAGCAAAAUCAAGAACUUCAGAAGAUGCUCAACCAGAAGGAAGCCAAGUUAGCAGACAUGACCAAACAGUAUUUGGCUACUAAAGAAAUUAUCAAUACUAUUACUAAAGUUGCGUCCUCACAAAUGCCAUAAUAUUAUUUAUAUUGAUUUCUUUUUAUUGGUAUUUUUUUAGACUACAAUUUGUACAUAUAGUAUAUAAUAUUUUUGUCAUAAAACGUUUUAUACACACAUUGGACUUCUAC